AUGGAAAGAGAAUUGAACCAUAAGGUAACCAAUAGGUAGGAAAAAGAAAAAGAUAUCAGUAUCAAAGUUAUUUUGGAUAAUAUGACACCAAGAGUGAACUAUUCAACUUUAUUCAGUAAACCUUAUUCAGAACUAAUAGUAUCCUAUUAAAAACUUUUGAAUAUUUUUUUCUACGAUUAAAUAUUUGUUUUUUUAUAGAGGAUAGACCAUUGGCUGAAUUAAUAAGCAUUUAUUUAUUUAUAUGAGUAUAUCUUCUACUCAACGCAAAAAAAAUGAAAGCACAGAGGUGCAAGAAGAAAACAGAAGAGAAAGCAACGCACUAAAAACAAUAUAUCAGCGUGAAAGCGAAAUCCCCAAAACUCCAAUUGAAACAAACGCUAUUAGUCAAUUAAAUGGGAACAUGAUAAGCAUCCCAUAUAUGAGAGUAAUAUUCAUUCAGAGUGGCUGCUAUUUGAAGUCAAUAAAAAUUAAUAAUUCUGAAGAGCCUCAGAGUGUGAGAUCUCCUCAGUAUGUUUCUCCAUAUACACUGAAAAUCAUAAACACAAAUAAAAAUUCAUAUAUAAAUAAAAUAAUUAUUACAAAAUAAUAAUAUGAAAAAUACUGUACAAACCCAAUUCCUGUAGAAGUUCCGUUAAUUUCUCAGCCUCCACAAAUGGUUCCAGUCCAGCCAUCAAUCCCUCUUCAAAUCCCACAAAUGCAGUCUCCGCAGCUUCAUCCUCAGAUGACUCAAAUGCGUCCGAUAUCUGGAAUUCCUCAAAUGCCAAUGAAUCAGAUGCAUCAGGUCAUGACUAUGCAUCCUACCAUGCCUAUGGGUCAAAUGGGCCAGAUGGGCCAGAUGGGCCAGAUGGGUCAAAUGGGCCAAGUCCCAAAUCCCAUGAUGCCAAUGUACAUGCCAUAUGUUCCUCAAAGCCAGUCCUAUCCAAUGCCCGGCCAAGGAGUAAACCCUUAUAUGGGUCUUCCUCCUCAAGCUCCCCGAGGUCAGCCUGUCUACCAGCCUAACAUGUUAAAAUACAACUAUGAUACUAAUUCAUCUUCAAAUAAAAGACAAAUUAUUUACAAUCCAGUAACUAAAAAACCUCAAAAUUAUCGUACGAUGCCUUGCAAAAAGUUUCAUUCCCAAGAAGGCUGUAACCACGCUGACAACUGCCACUUUAUCCACGAUUUCAACUUCCAGGGUAGGCCAAUUCCAAAUUUUCAAGAGUGGAAAAACACAAAUGCAGAAAGACAAAAACAUCUGAUGGAAAACUCAGGCAGCGAGAUGGGGGCCAUUUAUUAUCCACCGAUGGGGCAGAUGCAGUUUCCACCAGAGGUUAAUAAAUAA